AUGAAAAAAGGACCAGAAAGCAGAGCUGGUCCCCUUGCCACUCCAGGCAAUUUAGUGGAGUUAAAUCCAGACAAUAACAGCAGCAAUGGAGCCUCAGCGAAAGAGAAAGACAUGCUUUCCUCUUCUGGAGAACUGGAAAAUGUACAGCUGAAACCCAGCAGAGAAACAUCCAGAAAAAAACUCUGUGGCUAUUUAAAUAAGCUGGGCAUCAAGGGGCCAAUCAAGACCUGGAAGUCUCGCUGGUUCUUUUACGAUGAAAACAAAUGUCAUUUACUAUACUACAGAACUGCACAGGACAUCAACCCUUUGGGGUCUGUCGAUCUCUCCAAUGCCAGCUUUGACUGCAAGGUGGAAAAUGGGGAAGGGGUUUUUGAGAUCAGAACACCAAGCAGAGUUUUUACUUUGAAGGCAAUCAGCAAACAGGCAAUGAUGUACUGGCUGCAGCAGCUACAAGUGAGACGUUGGGAAUUUUGCAACGCUCAGAGCAGAUUUCCUGUGGGCAGCUCCCAGCUUGUGAAUGAACCUCUGGCUGGCAGACCAAAUGUUGUUGACAAUGAAGACUUUCUGCCUCCGGUGAAAACACCAACAGAAGCAGUGGGUUUAAAGGCAGCGUCUUUGCCUGCACCCCAAACAUCUACUGCUUUGCAGAAUAUCUCCCUUAAGCACCCUUGGACAGAGAUACAAAACACUGUUUACAACAUCUGUGGCUCCAAGCAGCUCUGGGGGAAAAAUGGGAACGUCUUUAGCUUCAGUGAAUUUCAGGAGCAUCCUGAGAACCCGGAUGAGGAGCAAGAGGCAGAAGUGGAGGCAGGGUGUGCAGUUAAGGAGGGGACCCCGGAGGAUGGGAGGAUGGAGCCCAGGCUGAACUGGGUUAGGAAAGCCAGGUGGAUGAACAGUGGCUUCCCAGGCUUGCCUGAAGAACUGUCCAGGGAGAGGAACCCAAUGGAUAAAGUGAGCGUCCUACAGCAACAGAUCCUGACACUCACAGAGGAAGUCAAGUCACAGAAGGAGCUGGUUAAACUUCUCCACAAAGCUCUGGAGGCAGCCCAGCAGGAGAAGCGAGUAUCUAGCAUGUAUCUCACUGCAGCAGAAGAUAAGGACAGGCUGGAGCUGGUGCGCCACAAAGUGAGACAAAUCGCAGAUCUCACCAGUCGGCUGGAAGCUCUUGAACAAGAAAAGAAGGAACUGGAGCAGAUACUGACUCUGAGAGACAGCCACAUCCAGGAACUCAAGGAGCACGUGCAGCUUCUGAUGGAGAAGAACCAUGCCAAACAGGAAGUCGUCAUGGCCUUGACGGAGCAGAUGGCCCGAGAGAUCUCUGACCCUCCGCAAGAAGCCAACACUAUUGCUGCAGAGACAUUGUAUAAGCAGCAGGAGGAGAUUGAGCACCUGAAGGAUGAUAUUGAUGCAUACAAAACCCAGAACCAAUUUCUCAACUCAGAGAUUCACCAGGUUACUCGACUCUGGACAAGUGUUGCUGAGAAUGAAAAAGCCCUUCUGAUGAAGUGUGCCUGCCUGCAAGCACGAAACUGCCAGAUGGAGAGCAAAUACCUGACAGUCUUGCGGAAGCUGCAGGAGGCUGUGCCUGGCCUGCCCAGCUCCCAUGCUGAGUUGGUGAGGAACCUCAUCCAGGAAGCGCUCCAGUGGGAUGUGAAGGAAGAAGCAGAAGAAGGUUUUAACCUGAAUGCUGUGAGUGAGUAUGAUGAGUAUGGGUUUAUGACUGUACCUGACUAUGAAGUUGAGGACUGGAAACUUCUGGCCAAAAUCCAAGCCCUGGAGAUAAAGUCCAACAACCUGCGGAGCCAGGAAGUAGUGGAGAAGCCCCUCCGUGACAGGUGGAACAGUGUUGGAGAGCUGAGCCCCUCUGCAGAGCUGAAGAGCCUGAUCCGAAGUGGCAUUCCAGUGGAGCAUCGGCAACGGGUCUGGACGUGGAUUGUCAGCCGGCACUGUAGCCAUCUGCCUGACCACUACCAGCGGCUGUUACGGCAGAGCAAGAGCACUGAGCACCCUGCUUGCCGGCAGAUUGAACUCGACCUGCCCCGCACACUGACCAACAACAAACAUUUUUCCUCUCCCACCUCCCAGCUCAUCCCCAAGCUCCGGAGGGUGUUGCUGGCAUUCUCCUGGCACAAUCCUGCCAUUGGAUACUGCCAGGGACUGAACAGACUGGCAGCUGUUGCCCUCCUGGUCCUGGAAGAUGAGGAAAGUGCUUUCUGGUGCCUAGUCCAUAUUGUGGAGAACCUAAUGCCGGCAGACUACUACAGUGACACACUGAUAACAUCACAGGUAGAUCAGAGAGUCUUCAAAGACUUCCUGUCAGAGAAGCUGCCUCGCCUCAUGGCUCAUUUUGAGCAGUAUCGGAUUGAUGUCUCACUCAUCACCUUCAAUUGGUUUCUGGUGGCCUUUGUGGACAGCCUGGUCAGCGACAUCCUCCUGCGAGUGUGGGAUGCCUUCUUGUACGAGGGAACUAAGGUGAUUUUCCGCUAUGCCCUUGCGAUUUUUAAAUACAAUGAGGAGGAAAUCCUAAGAAUUCAUGACAGUGUGGAGAUCUACCAGUACCUACGCUUUUUCACAAGAAUGAUCGUGGAUGGCAGGAAGCUGAUGAACAUUGCCUUCAAUGACUUAAACCCGUUCCCCAUGAAACUGCUGAGGAACCGGCGGUCAAUGCACAGGGAAGAGCUGGAGGCAGAGCUGUGUGAGCUGGAACAGAUCAAGGCAGCCUAUGUAAAAGAGAAAGCAGAGCAGGGGCCUCAGGACCUGAAGGAGGUUGUUAGUGAAGAGGAAGAAGAGAUUUAACAAAAACAGUGUUCCUCAUCACUUCUCUCCUGCCUUGCAGAAGGUCUUCAGUAGCAACUGUCUGUAAGAGAUGGAGCAGAGUGGGAAAGGUGGUCACAGCAGGAGUUCAUCUGCCCCAGGAAGCAGGGCUGUACGUAUAGGACCAUCUGGGGACCAAGCCAGACUUUGUAAUGGAUUGGAAGGUGUCAAAGGAGUUUUAUCCUCUUCUGUACUUCUCCCCAUUCAGCCCACCCUGUCCUAUGCAGUUCAGGAUUACAGCUGAAGGUCCAUAGGAAAUAUCAGUUGUGGCACCAUGGCAGAAGUUGACAUGGUGCAAAAAAACUCAGCCAGGCAGGGCUUUUCUACCUUUUCUGAUGGAGGCUUGAAGGAGAUCUUUAUGUAAAAUCACCAGAAAUAAUGAAGUGAGAGCACUCCCUGAUUGGUACCUAAAGCUUCUGAAUUGGUCAGGAAGGAAACAUGCUCUUUGAAGGCAUGGUGCCUUCAGUGGCUAGCCUGCGAGGAGAUGUGUUUAAUAUUGCAGUUACUGAGUCAUGACACUGCCUCCAGAUGAGUGUUGGGCCUGAGGAAGUCCUGGGAUCUGGAGGACAUCUUCCCAUGGGACUCAGGCUGGGACAAGUGAAAUGCGUUGUGGGAGAGCUGAGUUGCCUCUCCAGUUUGUUUUGGUUCCUGUGGAAGUCCAUGGGAGCACAAGGUGUGUCUCCCUGCCUGGCUGGGAAAUGCUGGGAGCUACUUCUCCUCUUUGUUUAGCUUUGAGCAGAGCCAUCUAUGGGUUGGCCUGACCCUGGCAGCACUGUGCCUUCCAGAGGUGAGUUUGCUGCAUAGAGGAGCUCUCAUCUCAGUGUGAAACCAACCGCAGGCUGCAGGCAGGGCCUAAUGUUAUAGUGACUUUGACUACUGGGGACACCUGGGUCUUCUGAUCGCCUCACGCUUGGCCAGGAUGAGUGUGUGGCCAUCUUUGCUUCACAGUUAUGCUCCUCCAGUGCUGGGUUUCUACAUUGAUAUCCCUGUCUCAUGGGAGUCAUCCCAUUCACAAUGGGAUGGGAGGGAGGAGGUCUUUUCUGUAGGAGUUUCCAAUAUUGAAGGUGUUUGAUCCAUGGAAUAUGGCACUCUGGGGGUGAACCUGCAAACCACUUGGACUAGGUCACAAAAGAUGGCUUGAUAUUCUUUAGAAAAAACAUUAAUUUCCCCUGAACCAAGGAGCUGGCCUCCAUGGGUCUAGCACACAGAGAUGCCCUGCCUACCUCUGGGAAUAGGGUCUGAUAGCCUUCUCCCCUGCCUCCCAGGCUCACCCAUCCCCUGGGCUGGAUGCCCUGCCUGUGCAGCUCAGUCCUCCACAGACCCAGGAUGAGUCAAGUGCUUCAGAUAAAUACAACUUCUUUUCCCUAACACGGUGCCAGAUCCUGCUGCCCCACUUUCCUGCUGAGUGGUGCUUUAUUCCAGGUGUGCCCACAGCGCUGGCACUGACAGCAUGCAGCAGACCCUGCUGUAAGGUGGGCUCUGCUCUACAUUUUUAGACUGACCUUGAACCCAAGCCCAUUCAGUGGAAGAUGCGUCCUUUAAACCUGUUAUGGUAUAAAGUCGUCAGUGCUUGCAGAGGAAGGGAAAACAAGCAUUCACAGCCCAUACUGUUCUCAACCAGGUGGGCCGUAGCCAAGAUCACAGACUAGUGGAAACAGCACUAGCCUCUAUUUACCUGACACAUGGUCUGCCUCAGCUCUGCCUUAGGCACAACUGGACAAAUGAGCCAGUUUCAAAGAAUUAUAAAAGUCUGAGUUGGGAGAGAGCUGUGGAGGCCAACCACACAGUACAGAAGUAAUCAAAGUGGAAAUGAGGUUUUGGCAAGAGUGGAUAGAUGGGCAAGAGUGAGGUAGAUUCCCUGCAUGUCACCGACAGCUGCACACAUUGAAAGUGUGGGACGAGAAGAAGAUGUUACUGGAGUCUUACCACAAUAUCUCAAAAAAAUGCACUGGUUUUAAAAUGAUGCCACCUAGCUAGAGAAGCUCAAAAGGCAGAAGGUUUUUCUUGACAGAUGAUAUCGCUAAUCUAAUUUACUCAUACUGUUAUGUGCAUGGGUGCACACAAAUACAGAUUUUUGCUACUGUUACAGACUUCUGAAAGGCAUUGUCUUUUAAAUCAAGACCAUGGAAAUCAGAAGCAUACUUACAAUUGUAUUUUUCCUGGAGCCUUUUGCAACAGCUUAAAAAUCUUUUCUUCCAUCUUGCCCUUAAGUUUUUUUAAAAAGGCAUUUGAAACAUGCAUCAUUAUACCAAACGAUAGCCUGACAUAUGUCUACAGCUUAUAAAUAAACAUUGGUCUAUGUGGUACAUAAUGACCCGUUAAAAAAUAA